AUGGCUGUGUUCUUUGUGGCUUCGGAUGGUGGCCUCAAAGCAUUUCAGGCGAGUAAUGGGCAAAUCAUUGCCAACCUUGAUGACCUUGAAGUUGAGAAGCCCAGUGUAGAUGUGCUGAUGAAGAUGACGAAAGCGGAGAUGCUGGGCUUGAUGAAAUCCAUGGGUUGUUCAAUGACCAACUCCAACAAGGCCGAUAAGCUGACAAUUGCCAACAAGAUUGUCGAGCACUUCAAGUGGAUGAAGGGUAAUUUGGAGAAGAAGAAGGCAACGGCAAGUGGUGCGAAGAGCAGUCAGGACACCAGCAACGACAAGUCCGAGAAGGACAGCGAUGACGAGACCAAGGAGGACGGCGACAAGGGUGAUAACAUCAUUCGCCUCAUGGUCAUCAUUCUUGACGAGCGCGAGGGUGCUAAAACAGACUACAUGCAGACUUGGCUUCGUAUCAACAAGCGUUUGAGCAUUUCAAGUCUGCUGGUGAUGAUUGGUGAGAAGUUCGUGAAUGACACCAACCACAAGAAACUCUUGGUCUUCAAGGGUGAGCUGUUGAUUGACCUUGUCAAAUCCAUUGAGGCGGUUGGCAUCAAGAAUUACGAUGAAAUCCGUUGUCGCCUUCUUCCAGAAGACAGCAAGGAGUUUGAGGAGGUGAUGAUGGGCUCUUCCCUUCAUCGCGGGGGGCAUCUUGACAUGGAUGACAAGUCUGACAAGGACAGCGAGAAGGAGGACAGUGAGAAGUCCGAGAAGGACGAGGACAAGGACAAGUCUGACAAGGACAGCGAGAAGGAGGACAGUGAGAAGGACAGUGAGGAGGGCGAAGACAUCCGGCCAAUGUUUGAGCCCAAUGAACCGCAAUGGUCUGAGGAUGAUGAGAAACGCCUGAACAUCCUUCGGAACUUGAACUCCAACACUGCUGUCUUUAUCGACCAUGAUGUCCAGAUGCGAUUGGAGAACAAAAAGCGCGACUAUCAGAUGAACGCCUUGUUCAAGAAGGAGGCCGAUGGGACAAUCGCCAUCAACAUCAAGGGUGAGAACACGACGCCCAUGGAGUUGAAUGUGUCGACCAAGAAUGGUUCUGUCAAGCUGGUGUUUAACUAUGAGGUUGGGAUGACCGGCGAGCAAUUGUUUGACGCCAUGUCAGACUUUGGGAUGGACACACAGCUCUUCAAUGUCAAGUUUGCAAGGACAGCGUCUGUCUUGCGCAAGUAUGACAGUUUGGACGCCUACAACACCCAGACCUUUGAGAUUGUGCCAAAGCUCCAUGGCGGUGGUGUCAUCAAAAAGCAGAAGCAUGUGAAGCCCGCUGAUGCCUUCAAUGCGUUCAAGAAGAAGGUUGUUGCCAAUGUCCUGAAUGAGGGCAGUGCAGAUUUCACAUUCACUGGUGUCCCUCCGGAGGUUGCCAGUUUUGCCCAAGGUAUUGCUGAUGCCAUCAACCAGAUCAAAGUCUUGCGGGCGCAGAAUGUGGCGGUUGUGCGUGCAGGAUUGAUGCAGGUGCAGGAUGAUGAGUUGAAGCAGUUGAAAGAGAUUAUGGCGAUGCCUCGCUUUGGCAGAAGAGGUCAGAUUGAGGAGCGCAUCAUCAAAGCAACUUGGGUGCUUUUCCCGAAGAUGGUGGAUGUGGAAAACGCCAGCAUUGCCAUCACCGCAUUGCAGAACCAUGUGCUUUGUGAGAUGGCAACCAUCUUUGCCGAGGAAUACCAUGCCAGUGUGGGCGGGUUAUAUCAAGUCAGUGCCGAGGCGUUCAUCAAGCAUGUAGAUCAUGAGGAAACACGGCGUGACGCCAUGCGUGCCAGUCAGCAGGUGGCAAAUGUGCAGAACACCCAAGGUGGUGCCAAUCAGUGUGCCUUGAUGUGA